UUCAAAUGAGCUUCUCUGAAUCGAAUGAUUUUCAGAAUGAGAAGUACAGAUUUGAGGAAUUAGAUGAUUUCAUUGAUUUCGAAGAUUUGGCAUAUAAUGAUGUGAUGAGAUAUGAGGGCGACUUGGGAAAGUAUGAGUUGUUUAAAGCGUUUGAUAGUGUAGAUAAGGACAAGGAGAGGGAAUUGGUUGAAGAGAAUCAGAGUGAGAUGCAGAAGAUUUCAUCGACUCUUUGUAUGAGGGAGGAGGAGGAAUCGGAUGAGUCAGAGGAUGAAUCUUAGUUUCAAGGAACGUAAGGGAAUUUGGCAUUAUAAUUUGCAGGCAAUCUAGAACAUGUAAUUCUGGGACUGUACAGAAAUCGAUUAGGAAGAGGAAUAGGAGCAAGGAAGAACCUGUAAGAUUUGAAUGAUUAAUAGUGUGGUUGUAGAAGAGAAAGAUUAAGAAGUGGAGUGAGGAAGAGAACAAGCGUUUGGAAGAUUUGUUUCAAAUUUACAAAGGAGAUUGGGAGAUUAUUGUUAGAUUUUUGGAAGGGAGGACAGUUUCAUAAUGUAAAUAACACUGGUAGCGUUUGAGUGGUGGUCAGGAGAAGAAGAGGAAGUGGACAGAGGAGGAAAAUCAGAUAAUUCUGUCAUUCACAAAGGAGAAUCCGUAGUUUAAUAAUUGGGCUUUGAUUGCAGCAAGUAUGAAUUGUUGAUUAAAGAGAGGAAUGCAGGGUAGGAAUGGGAAACAAAUACGAGAGCAUUAUAUGAAUCAGUUGCGUCCUGGGAUCAAGAAUAAGUAGGGGUGGAACGAGGAGGAGGACAAGUUGUUAUUAAAUUUGUAUCAGAGAUAUGGGAGCAAGUGGUGUUAGAUAAACAAACAUUUUGAAGGGAGAACAGUAUGAUAUUUGUAGUAAAUGAAGGAAAUAAUGUUGAAGAAUAGAUUCAAUAAAUUGUAGAAGGGAAACACCUACAUCGAUCACUUUCUCAAUAUAGAUGAUGAACCACAGUAAUAGUAAUGA